AUGAAGGCAGAGAUGCACAGGGCACCACACUUUGCCUUCUCUGCCAUGAUCAUCUUUUCUUUGUGCCUGCAAACGAGUGCAAACCACAGCGAUUAUCCCAGGGAUAGAAAUGGAACCUGGAAUCCCAUCAGCCAAAACCUGAGUGGAAGCCAGAACCUAACAGAAGCCAAUACAAAUUCUCCUCUGGGCACCAAUCUCAGCAGCGGAACAACUAGUUUGAGAACACAGACAAGCAGCCUGCAGUCAAUAUCCUUCACAACCACCCCAAAUUCAACAUCUCCUCCUGCCAGAAGUGAUGUUUCUGCUAUGGGAGGACUCAGGAACAGCAGCAAGCCCAAGAGUACCAUGACAAAAGAAACCACAUGUGAAGAUAAUAAGCCUCUUAUACUGAUUUGCUUCAUUGUCAUGGCAGUGCUUGUGCUCAUCUGCACCUUCUUAUUUCUGUCCACAGUUGUAAUGGCAAACAAAAUGUCCUAUCUGAAAAAAACUCAGCAAGGAAAACGCAGGCCCAGGAGCAAUGGUGACAUCCUGGCCACUAACAGCUUAUGGCCAACUGCAGCAGGAACGUGGCAGAGGAUGCCCAAGGAGCCAGCUGGAACUGACUUGACAAUGCAAGACUUAGUAGUAGGAAGAGAGGCUGCAACCCAAAGGAAAACUGAUGAUGAAACUCCUAAGAGACUCACCGAAGAAACAGGCAAUGGACAGGAAAACAAAACACCAAAGUCACACAAACCCAUUCUAACCAAUUUUGUAGUUGAGAUUUAA